AUAUAUACUUGCUUUUAGUCCCGAUAUGAGAUAUGGGUUUAGAAGAAGACCAACAAAGAUCUAAGCAAACCAAUUUCUUGUGAACCCACUGUCGAGUUUCAAUCAUGAUUUAUGACAAGCUUCUUACUUCCAUCGGAAGGAGACUAGAAGGAAAGGUUGCAGUAAUCACUGGAGGUGUUGCGGGCAUUGGUAAAGCUACUGCCAAAUUGUUCAGCCAACAAGGUUGUAGGGUAGUUAUUGCUGACAUCCAAGAUGACUUGGGUCACUCCAUCUGCAACGAAAUUGGGGCAGAGAUGUCCUCAUUCGUGCAUUGCGAUGUCACCAAAGAAGAUGAAGUGAAGAAUGCAGUAGACGAGGCUGUUUCAAGAUUUGGAAAGCUUGACAUAAUGUUCAACAAUGCCGAGACCAUUGAUCCACCUAAGGUAAGAAUUAUGGACAAUCAAAAAUCGGAUUUCGAAAGGGUUGUCGGCGUCAAUGUCACGGGUGUGUUCUUAGGCACAAAACACGCAGCCCGUGUCAUGUUACCGGCGAAACAAGGCAGCAUCAUUAACAAUGGGAGUGUGAGUUCAAUCGUGGGAGGUAUAGCCACUCAUGCUUAUGUGGCUUCGAAGCACGCAGUAGUAGGUCUCACUAAGAAUGGAGCUGCGGAACUGGGUCGGGUUGGGAUUAAGGUUAAUUGUGUCUCAGCAUUCGCGAUCGCUUCACCUUUUGUUAAGAAUGUGUUGAAGAAUUAUGAAGAUGGUAAGAUAGAGAAGAGUGUAGAAGGGUUAGCGUGUCUCAAAGGAGUUAACCUGGGUGAACAAGAUAUUGCUGAGGCUGCACUUUAUUUUGGGAGCGAUGAGUCAAGAUGUGUUAGUGGCCAUAAUUUUGUUAUCGAUGGAGGCUUUACCGUUGCAAAUACCAGCUUUGGUAUCUUCGACCAAUGA